UAACAGAUCAUGCGACUGAAAUUUCCGAGACAUUAUGUCCCAGAAAAAAUUUGCCUAAGAAUAGUCCACCGAAAACUGAGGUAAGUGCACCUAUUCCAUUAGUUCGUGACUCCAAUUCUCCAGAUGAUUCCCAAAUCGAAGAAGAAAAAAUUGCUGUUGCAGUAUCUUGCCUUGAUGACUGUGAUAAUGAUGAAGAAAAGCGUAAUUAUUUGAGAUUUCUAAUCUCCCCACCUGCUCAAGAAGAUGAGGAGGUGUUGACCAAGAUUAAAGAAGCUUGGGUAUUCCAUAUCAGCUAUGAGAACGGUUUCUCCUUAAAACAAGAAGAAUCCAACCCUUAUCUAGCUGUCGGUACUCGUAUGCUAUUUCAACUUCUCAGAGAGAAAAUGAGGCUUCAUGAAAUUAUCGAGACGUACAAACCACCAGAUCCGUUGGAUGUUGUAUCAGUGAUUGCCAAACACUAUAACCGAGACUUGAAAAGCGUUACAGUCAUUUUGGUUGUUGACGGAAUGCAACAGCUUAUGGAGAACAAAGAUGAUGGUUUAAAGGCCCUAGAAGUUCUGAAUGAUUGCUUGGCUGGUCGUAGCAUUGAAGAAUGCAAUGUCGAUACUUUGAUGAACGAUCUGCGUUACAAUCUUACUAAAAAAUACCGUGAUGCUAUUUUUGGUUCUGUGGAAGAAGCCAGGCCUAUUGCACGAGCAAUAUUGACUAGACGUCUCUUAAAUAGGUAUAAACCUAUUCCAAAAACUGACAAAACGCCAGAUGAAUUUGUUGGCGGUGGGUUGAUUCGAUUCGAGCAAGUAGAAAAUAGUCCAAAAGGAUACCUCACUGCACCAUAUAUCUGGCUCUGGAUAUUUGUAGAGAUGUCUCAACAGCUAGGAGAUCCAAUACUUCGGGAUUGGGAGUUUGCUGAUUAUGGAGAGCAAAGAGCACUCUUGAAUCCAGUAACAUCGUUGCAAGCCAAGUCAUGGCAGAGUUUUGAAAAAUUAGUCGCAUCAUUUCGUUGUAUAAAAUCAGCUGUGAUUGAAGAAGAUGAACCAACUUCGAUCUCAGAGGUUCAUGCGGGAGCACGUUUGAAUGGCGAUAUCCAAUUUAAAAACCACAAUCUACAACUUGAAGUUGCAAAACACCAUACAGACACAAGGUCUAAAACUCUUACUGCAAGAGAAUGGAAUGUUGUUUGCUAUAAUUCUACUGUUGAUGUCCGGAAAUUCAAACAUUGUAUUAUUAAUGCCCCAGCUUCACCAUAUGGAGAUUUCUUCCUUUCAUUAGAUCAGCCGGAUACUGAGAGUCCGAAUGAAAUCCACCAAUACAAAUUACGAAAAAAAGUAGUCAGUAAAAAGGAAUACCAAGAAGAGCGUGAAAAAUCCGCAUCAGAAAAUGAUUUUUUCAUCCUCUUUACAACUGCAAAUUGUAAUAUUGAAAUUCCGAAAAAGUCUGGAAUUGUAGAUAGAAAUGCCUUUACGGACUAUUUUGGACCAUUUGCUGGAAGAGCAUACAGAUCUGCUAUGGCUAAUUCCUCUAUCUAUAAUAAUAAAGUCAAGAACAUCCAUACCGUUUCUCUUGGGCAAACAUGCAACAUGAAUCAAAGCAAAGAACGA